AUGAAUAGUUCGACGUUUAAUACCCCCAGUACUCCUGUGCGCCAGCAUGAUAGUUCUAGGUGUACUCCCGUUCGUCAGCUCGAUAGCAUCGGGAAUUCACAUAAUUUGAACUCUUCUCCGGCAACGGUGACAUCUAUAAAUUCUUUAAACGGGAGUGCUUCACGAAGAAGGCUGGUCUUCAUCAGACGUUCAGCUGCCAUAAAUGAAAACCCUGAACACCUUGCUCAAGAUCCUUCCUCGGAUCCUCUUAGAGUGCUUUUAGAUGAAGAGGAUGGAAUUACGAGUACUUCAGGGACAGUUGGAUCAAUUAGAACAUCCAGAUAUCAACGCGGUGAUAUACACCCUACCACUAGAUUACCUUUAGAUGGUGAUAAUGAGAAUGGUAAUUUGGAUGAAUUGCCGGCUCGUGAAAAAAUAAAAGAAGUCAAAAAAUCUUUCGAAGAUUUUCUUCUUAAUUUUAAACUACAAUACCGUAAAGAGAAAGAACAAGUUAGAGUUACAGAUAUGGACAGGGAAUUUUUCUAUCAAUAUUAUAUGCAAAAGAUUAAACAAACUGAAAUAUACAAAAUGAACCUUGACAUGCAAAACCUUCUUGCAUAUGAUCCAUCAAGAAGAUUAUAUUUUCAACUUAUGAAUUAUCCCCAAGAAGUUCUUCCAAUUUUUGAUGACGUCCUUACAGCCACUUACAAAAGGCAUUGUGGGAUCAAUGAUCCCAAUAACCAAAUAAUGUUGAAGGGUCUUUUUAUCAGGACCUCCCCUAUACUCCCUGAAAUGUCUGCUGCAUUUUUCCGAUGUUCGAUUUGUGAUUCUUGUGUCGAGGUUGAGGUGGAUCGCGGCAAGAUUGACGAACCUCACAGAUGUCGCAGACGUGAAUGUAACUCAACAAACACAAUGACUUUAAUACACAACAGGUCUUCUUUUAAAGAUAGGCAAGUUUGUCGAUUACAAGAAACCCCAGACAACAUUCCUGAUGGGCAAACUCCUCACUCUGUUUCUGUUUGUUUAUACGAUGACCUAGUCGAUUCUGUACGACCUGGUGAUAAAGUUGAAUUAACCGCCAUUUAUCGUUCUGCGCCAAUUCGGGUUCAUCCACGCAAACGUACUAUUAAAGCUUUGUUUAAGACAUAUCUUGAUGUUGUUCAUAUUGCAAAAGCUGAUCAGAGUCGUUUGAAUAGUAUGCCUGGUCACGAAGAUUAUUUGAGUUAUGAUUUAAAUGUUGAAAGCGAUGAUUUAACUAUUGUUCCAGAAGCAAAUGGGGAAAAUGAUCUAAUAAUUCGGGAAGAUAACACAAAUACUUCAUCAAAUAAACAUGAAGCCAGACCAGAAUUUACAGAGGAAGAAAUUCAAUCUUUUGAAAAUAUGGCAAAGCAACCUGACUUAUAUAAUUCUCUAGCACAAUCGCUAGCACCAAGUAUUUUCGGAUUAGAUGAUAUUAAAAAAGGUAUACUCUUACAGUUAUUUGGAGGAACUCGUAAAAAAUUUACGAAGUCAGGUUCGCCUCAAUAUAGAGGUGAUGUGAAUGUUUUGCUGGUCGGUGAUCCUGGUACUGCAAAAUCUCAGAUGCUUCAGUAUGUCCAUAAGAUUGCUCCUCGUGGAGUUUAUACUUCUGGAAAAGGAUCCUCAGCGGUUGGUUUAACCGCGUAUGUUACAAGAGAUCCAGAUACGAAACAAAUGGUGCUAGAAAGUGGCGCGUUGGUACUUAGCGAUGACGGUGUUUGUUGUAUUGAUGAAUUUGAUAAGAUGUCAGAUGGAACACGCGCUAUCCUUCAUGAAGUGAUGGAGCAACAAACUGUCUCUGUUGCUAAAGCUGGGAUUAUUACAACUCUUAACGCUCGUACAUCUGUCCUUGCAUCUGCUAAUCCAGUCGACUCGAAAUAUAAUCCAAAGCUUUCCAUAGUUAAGAACAUUGAUUUGCCACCAACCUUAAUGUCUAGAUUUGAUCUAAUUUACUUAGUAUUAGAUAAAGUAGAUCGGAAUGCAGAUAGGAAAUUAGCAAAACAUUUAGUUUCUUUGUAUAGAGAAGAUAAUCCUUGUGUUUCUAGAGAUGAUAUUGUGCCUAUCAAGACUUUAACAAAAUAUAUUAAAUACGCUCGCAAAAAUUAUCAUCCGUUUAUCGGAGAUGAUCAAUCAGCAAAUGCUUUGGUUAAUGCUUAUGUAGAUUUGCGUAAAAUUGGAAUUGAUCCUCGUUCUUCUGAAAAUAUCAUUACUGCUACAACUAGGCAGCUGGAAUCAAUGAUUAGACUAUCAGAAGCGCAUGCACGCAUGAGGCUUUCAAAAAAAGUUGACAUAUCGGAUGUUAGAGAAGCUGAACGACUGCUUAGAGAAGCAAUACAGCUUUCUGCAUGGGACCCUGAAACCGGUAGAAUUGAUAUGGAUUUAAUUACUACAGGGCAUGGUAGUUAUGAAAGACGUGUGCUUGAAGCUAUGCGUGACGCCUUUGCAAAGAUGUUGUUGGAAAUGAGUUCAAAAAGUAUAUCGCUUAAAAAAGCUUUAGAAAAUUUUAGAGCACAAUCAGAUGAGCCAAUUCAUGAUAAACAAUUUGAAAAUAUUCUCCGAACUCUAGAAUAUGAUGGAGCUAUUAAAGUUACUGGAAGUAGUCGAAGUGAUCGUAUGAUAACAGUUAUUUGA